AUGGCGUCCUCCUGUGCAUACUUAGGGCGUCAGAUAUGUAAGGCUACUAGAAUUCUUUACAUUAAUUUGGAAAAAGAAUGGCAGCGGAGGACUUUCGGGCAGUGGGCUGCAUUAUGUCAGCAGGCUGAAAGCGCCGCACAAGUGGGGUCCGCAGAGGAAAUCGUCCUCCCGAAAAAGAAAACUUGGAGUAAAGAAGCCGUAUUACAAGCACUCGCUUCCACUGUUAAUAGGGACCCCACAGCCGCACAUUACACGUUUCAAGAUGACCCAUACCUCACUCCACGAACUUCUGGAGAGUUUAAACUGUACUCCCUGUCCCUGGAAUCAGGCAGAAAUGCGGCCAAAUACUUUGUUAACACUUACCCAAAAUACUUCCAGAAAGACUAUGCAGAACCCCAUAUUCCUUGUUUGAUGCCAGAGACUGUGGAGCUGCAGAUUGAAGAUGUGUCUGAAGCUGCACUUAUCGAGCGGAUAAAGCUCAGGAAAGUCAAAGCUGCAGUGGACAUGUAUGAUCAGCUGGUGCAGGCUGGCACCAGUGUGUCAGUGGAACUCACCAAUGAUCUAUUAGAUCUGAUCUGUGUCUAUGGUGACCGGGAUCCGCUGCGGGAGGACACACCAGAGCAGGGGACCGAGGACAUGGAGGACCUUUCAGGUGAUCCUCGAAGGAAAAAAGGAAGGCCACAUAGAGCCUCUGACGUGCUAAAGGUAGUCUGGAGGGAGAAUAAUAACGCAGAGAGGAUCUUCAGUUUGAUGCCGGAGCCAAACACACGAGCGUACAGUGCAUUGAUCAGAGGCAUGGUUAAGUAUGGUGCUUACGCAAAGGCCUUCAACACCUACACUGACAUGCUGAACAAUCGACUGACUGGUGACGUGCACAUCUUUAAUGCCUUGAUCACUGCCGCACCAGAAGUGCGUGAGAAAUAUAAUGAAAAAUGGGACCUGAUUGUGGAGCUGUUGAGGCAGAUGGCUGAGCAGAAGGUGAACCCAAACCUGCUGACGUUUAACGCUGUACUCAAAUCCCUGCGACGCUGUGGCUCGUUGGCCAGAACCCAGGCCUUCCUCAUCAUCAGUGAGAUGAAGGCUCUCGGAAUCGUUCCCAGUCUUGCCACAUAUAGCCAUGUCCUGGGCAUUUUCUACAAAGCAGCCUCCCCAGCCGCAGGCAAUACAAAUAUUUUACAGGACGUGAUGAAUGAGGUGUCGGGAAAGAGCUUUGUUGCCCAGGAUCCAGACGAUGUGUCUUUCUUCAUGAGUGCCAUGAGAAUUUGCCUGGACACUAAGGACAUGGAGCAGGCUUACAGAGUCCACAGUCUGCUGAGUGUAGGAGAAAACUGGAGGUUGCUGGGAGAUUCUUUUCAGCAGAGCAUCUACUACGGGCGAUUUUUCAACCUGUUGUGCAUGAUGGAGAAUGUAGAUGUCGUGCUGAAGUGGUACAGAGAACUUAUUCCCUCCCUGUUCUACCCCAAUUCUCAAGGAAUGAGAGAUUUGCUUCAGGCACUUGACACCGACAACAGACUAGACCUCAUCCCAGAAAUAUGGAAAGAUGUCAAAAAACUCGGCCACGACAAUAAGCCUGAUCUAGUGGAGGAGAUACUGGCCCUCAUGGCCAGAGAAAAACAAAGCCCUGAGGUGCAAGAGUCUUUUGCACAGUGUGCCCUGGAUGUGAAGAGUGUGUACACUCAGAGUGAGCGUGGCAAGGUUGUUUUGGGAUGGACGGCCAGCUCCCUGAGCAACAUUACCUCCAUUCUCCUGGCUGCCCAGAGGAGACAAGAGGCCUGGGACAUGUUAAAACUCUUCCAGGACAACAACAGAGUUCCUACUGAGGAUUUGAUGAUGGAGUUCUUGACUUGCAUAAAGGAGAGCCGUGAUGUGCAGCAGGCUGUAGAGUUGGUGCAGAUAUCAGCCAGUUUUUGUCUCCCCAUCACACCUAAACUCAUUGACAGGGUGCAGCAGGAGUUUGAGCUGUCUGAAGAACAAAAGAAUGCUUUGUCAGAGCUGGGAGCCUCAACAGACAUCCAAGUGUGAGAAGCAGGAAGAAAAUUCAAGCUACAGACAUUUUCUACUGUGUGGGUCCAUAACUGUCUGAACACGCUUGGUGUACAGUCAAAUUCAGCAUAACUCAAGUCCUUGUGUUGCUCAUCUUUCAUUGAAAUGUGUUUUCCUCAGAAUGUAAAAUUAAAAAUUAUUC